AUAGCAAGGGAUAGUUUAAUUUCACAGUGUGCUUUUUAUCUAUUUACCUGAAGGUUACACGGGGUAUUGAUUUUGACUUCACUGCCAGGUGAAGUGUCGUCUUUACCAACUCAUUUAGAUUAGAAUGGCCUUCUGUAACAUUCUUCCAAGCCAAAAAUCCCAGUGCCAAAACUAAAUACCGUAUUUCCUUGAAUUGACGCCGGGGUACGAGUUAAUUUAAAACCUCUUCUUACUCCGGCGCUUACCAAAGGAAUGCGGUAAAGGCGAGCAUGCGCUAAUUAUUUUCAAAACAUCUUCUCACUCCGGCACUUACCAAAGGCAUGCGGUAAAUUUAGGCCUGCGCUUAACAGUUUGAGUGUGAUGUAAGAAUACCAUCAUGAAAAGCUCAUUUAAAGGCCGACUGAAAUUAGAUUUUCUUAUUUAAAGGGGAACAUUAUCACAAUUGCAAAAGGGUUAAAAACAAAAAAAAUCCGUUCCCAGUGGCUUGUUGUAUUUUUUGAAAUUGUUUUCAAAUUUUUACCGGUCCCGGAAUAUCCCUAAAUAAAGCUUGAAAGUGCCUUAUUUUCGCUAUCUUCGAAACCACUGUCCAUUUCCCUGUGACGUCACACAGUGCUACCAAUGUAAACAAACAAUGGGAAAUACCACAGCAAGAUAUAGCGACAUUAGUUCGGAUUCAGACUCGGAUUUCAGCGCCUUAAGCGAUUCAACAGAUUACGCAUGUAUUGAAACAGAUGGUUGGAGUGUGAAAGUAUUGAAGAAGAAACUGAAGCCAUUGAGCGAAUAGCUAUUGACGCUAUUCAUAGCCAUAACAUGGCCGAAUAGCUGCGUUAGCAUCGCCGGUAAAAUGUGCGGACCAAACGAUCAGGACUUUCGCAUCUUCUGACACUGGAGCAACUUAAAUCCUUCGAUUGGUGUGGUCAUCCCAUCACAUGAUGUGUGACUGUUCCAAAGUCAGGAAGACGAACCUGUCCCUCUCUCCCUCAGCUUGGGCCACACCUCCACGUUGGCUGUUUUCCUAAAGUCCUUGUCACCCUGCCCCCAAAGAAAAACCCUGAAUCGACAUGACCGACAGGAAGGAGCCGCCCUUCUUCAAUGACGACCGAGUGGGUGCUUUUCACUACAAGCUUCCUCUCUACGAUCCCAUGGAGCUUUUCAUCGAGACGUUGACUGGGACGUGUUUCGAGCUACGAGUGUUGCCCUUUGAGGCCAUCAUUUCAGUCAAGGCCAAGAUCCAAAGACUUGAAGGCAUCCCAGUUACCCAGCAACACCUCAUCUGGAACAACCUGGAGCUGGAUGAUGAACACUGUCUACACGAUUAUGGCAUCUCAGGGGGCUGCACUUUGAAGCUGGUCUUAGCUAUGAGGGGAGGUCCAAUCAACACCAGGAGGGUAACCAUGGAGGACACCAUCAAAGACGUGAUUGAGCCGAUGGAGGGCACAAAGGAGGAGGGUUGGGAGAAAAGUUUGGCCAGCAAACAGGUCACGUUUGUGGUCUAUCGUGAGGGCGAUCAACUCAACUUCUUCCGAGUGGUUGACAGGGGAGAUGGUUCCCUGACUCCUCUUUCAGAGUCUCUAAGUGGCGGCUCAGUGUACAACAUGUGUGCUGAGGAUGGUGAACGUUCUGCAGCUGCUCAGCAAAGCCUUGAGAAUUCGAUCACUAUGAACAAAAUGAAGCUGCUCAAGGCCAAGAUGGAAGACAUGAACCUUAACAAGAAGCCGAAGAAGUCGAGUAAGGCAAAGCCACGGCCACCCGUCCAUCCAGCGCCUUCCAGCACACGUCACCACCAACGCCUCCUGCGCUCCCUCCCUCAGAUCAAUAAGCCUCUCCAGUCCAACGGCCAACUACCUCCAAUAGCGGACCAAGAGCUCCUAGAUCCCUUUCCGCCCCCUGCUGCUAUGGCUGCCUCCUACUUGUCCUUCCCUCGACGUCCGCCUCCCUCCGUCCCCUCGCCUUCUUGCUUUAUGCUACAGGAGGAGGAGACGUGCCCGCCGUUCACAAAAAUCCGCCCCCCUCCCAAAGUAUCCCGCCUGGACAUUGGCAGCACAAGGUUGAUGAGGGAUUGUGUGUACCCUCAGCUCCCCCCGCUGUGCACCAGAGGCUCACCCGACGCCGCCUUUGACCCGGUGAAGCCGGUCGCAGAGCCACUCGGGAUGAGUUUAUUGGAAGAAGGGCUGGUGGCGCCGCCGCCAACUGCAUUAUUUGGGGAUCCUCUGAGUCUGGAUUUGUCCACUCAGCCCGAGGAGGCUUGUCAAGCCUUCGAGGUCGGGGCGCAGCUGUCCCCCUCCCCACUCAGUGCUUGGACACUGGGGCCCCGUGGUGACACCCUGACCAGCAGAGCAGAUGUAACGCAGCUUAGCACUUCAUUCCAUUUAAGCCCCCCAUCGCCGUCACCUGCCUCCAGCUCCCUGAAAUCCCGUUUACAACCUUUCGACUCCAUGGUCGCCCAAGUAAAACAAGGCAGUUCAUCAAGUCACCCAGCGCGCCUUCACGGUAUUAAAGUGGAUUCACCUAGCAAGAGGCCAGAGCUUCUAUCCAAGAGGGAAGCCAGGUGCAUCACGAAGAUGGCGAAUCAAGCUUGCAGAGAGCAACUGGGCGACUCUGAGCUCCUUUCUGCAAGGCACGUAGACGGCCACAGUGGAAGGAGAGGAAUGGGGGCGCCGCUAUCUCCCGCUACUACCAUAGGACAGAGCAUCCUCGGGUCCAGUCCACCAGGACCCCUCCAGGAUGAUGCAACGCGGCAAACGUCAUCUUUGCACCGAGCAGCAGCCUUGCACACGAUCAACAAAUGUCUGGCACCAGGUAGGGGAGUCCCGUCACCAUUUGGGAGGAUAGGAACUCCGACAUACCACCUACCUCCGGUCAAGGCCCCUAUAGGCAGCAAGAAAAAGAGUUUCAAUCACUGCUUCCUCUGUGGCAAGAAGACUGGACUGGCCACCAGCUAUGGGUGCAGGUGCGGUAGCAACUUCUGCGCCACUCACCGCUAUGCAGAAACACACGACUGCUCUUACGACUACAAGAGCACGGGGAGACGGUUCCUGCAAGACACCAACCCUCUCAUCAGCGCUCCCAAGCUGCCUAAGAUCUAGAAUCUUCCAGCGUCUCCUGUUAAAAGGACACAUUUAGUAAAGCAUCCAGACUUUUGAGGGACUUAAUGGAAGGGUCUUACUCACCAAUGUGUGCUUUGUCCCUCCACAGUCGAGUUGACUUCGGACUGAAGUUCAGCAAAACGUGAGUGGAUCAAGUGAAACCUUUUCUCACGCAUGGACGUCGGGGUCAUGUCAAAUGUCUGCCGCAUGUUCCGGCAAUUUCCAUUUUGGCAGCCUUCAAGGAAAAACAAUAUAGAACCGCUGAUUGAUUUUUGCUCGGACACGUUUGGACCAGUUGCACUUUAGAACAUUUUUAUUAUUCCGAUCAUGAGCUGAAGGAUCUUUUUAUCGCCAUUUCUGUGUUGUCGUCUCGUCUCACUACUUAUGCACAUAUAAUUUUCCUUAAAAGAGAAGAACAAGUUAUUUAAAGUCAAGUUUGAAUUGCUAAUGUUUGUCGGUGUGAAUGCUGUAAUGUUUUAACUGUGUAUGGUAUUGGGGGUUAGCUAAUCGUCAGUUUAGUAAAGACGCCAUAAGGAUCUUUUCUAUGUCUUUUUUACGCUAUUGAACACUGUGCUCAUUUUUGCAGGGCUUGGAUCUAAUAAAGUUCUUUUCCAUACUUAA